AGGUAGGCAACGGUUAUGUAACCUCCCAUACUUAUUAUAUUACCUACUUACCUACCUUGUAACAUGUUGAAUCUUCCAAGUGAGACUCUCGGGAGAAUCUGAUAAUAAUGGAUUGAUAAGCUCAAGAUACAAGAUUAAAUCGGCAGCACGCGAUCAAACAUUGAACGAUCAUCGUCUGAACUGAAAAUAACAGGGUCUGACUCGACAAAUGCUCUCAAGAUCCAGACAGCAGCCCAGGCCAUGGCGUUUGCCGCACUGUUAGGGGCCCAGGUUGAAGAGCUCAUAGAAGCCAUAUGUCCUGAUGCUUAUGAGUCACAAAGGAGACGGGUCGUUUCCCUCCGCGAAGAAUGUCUCAAGAAACUCCGUCACCACACCUUCACUCGGACAAACCAGUUUUUGGUUGAGGAAGAACUGAACGGACUUCAAGAGAAGUUUGUCGUAAAUGGGCGUGAUGGGCUCGCAGCUGCCUUGGAGACCCGCCGGGACAAUCUUGAGCCUCUCUCGACUAAAUGGACGCCUGAUAUCCUUCACCUGUUGCUGGAGCUGUCAGAUCAACCCCUUCAGCAAUCCCACUUGGCCGAUCUUCAUUUGCUGAGAAGAUCAGACCUCGACGCUGGCCCGACUCUGAAAUGGGAGGACAUUGCCAAUGAGGAUGGCUGGGUCCAUGACCGAGCUUUGUGGAGGAAUGUCGACUUUGGUGCGGGAAGCUCCGAGGAUGAGUCGUACGAAGAACAUGCAGUCACCAGUGGCUCCUCCGACUCGGAAGACACAUCCAUCUCAGAUACCACCCCUCAACUCAAGAUUCCUCAAGACUUGAGCUCGACCGGGCCAAGCUCGAUCAACCUAGACGACGUGAAAGAGUCUCAGUCCUGGCGUUUGGAAUCACCUUGCCCUGGCGAUGAGGGACGUAGAAGCAAAAUACCAAUAACUGAGGCACAGGUAGUCAGGGAAAUACUGUUCAUGUUGCAGGGUCACAAAACCUCACUUUUUGACGAAAAAUGCGCCCCCGUGCUAGCAUAUCAGCUGUCAGAGGUCUCAUGGGAGACGUACCGUGCUUUGAUCACAGCCGUCGCAGAAAUAGGACGCCCACUGCAACCGCUUCGAGGUUUUGUCGAAAGCCGACAAGACGUACCGUUGCUCCAGACUUUCCAGGAUUGCAUUCGGGAAGCCCUCGGAGCAUUCGACAGAGAGAUCGCCGGCAUGCAAGCUCGCUAUGCCGAUCCAAAAAUGGACGUCAUGGUCAGCGUCAUGGCAGUUAUGGAAGAGGCUCAGAUCCACCUGGCUUCGUUGCGAUCGCUUGGGGCCAUUGUGCAAAGGCUUCGGGAUGAACGCUACCCCCAUGCAUUUCGGUACUUGGAGCUUUUGUUCGAGGCUACAUGCGCGUCACAAUUGCAGGGCGAUCUGACUGCCUACAAAACACUGGGGUCUACUUUUCUCAAAUGCUUUCAGGUUUAUCUGCGCCCUAUCAGGCUAUGGAUGGAGGAAGGAGAGCUCCUGCCUGGUGACAAGAUAUUCUUUAUCUCCGAAUCCAAGGUCAAACUGCCUUUGAACCAGAUCUGGCAGAACCAGUUCAAGCUUCGCCAGACUCUGGACGGACGGUUACAUGCACCAAGAUUCCUCCAGUUUGCAGUGGCGCGGAUAUACACGACUGGCAAAAGCAUCGUAGUCUUGAAGCAUCUGGGAAUGAACGACUUGGCAGCGAGCCACCAGCAGAGCCGACAACCCCCUAGCCUCGAAUUUGCCGAUGUCUGCCCCCCUGGGUCUGAACUCGCCCCGUUCUCGGAGCUCUUUGCCAAUGUGUUUGAUGCAUGGAUUAAAAGCAAGCACCAUGCGACAUCCUCUGUGCUCCAAAAGGCUCUGUUUGAGUCUUGCGGCUUGCGAUCUACGCUGGGUGCCCUUCAGCACUUGUAUCUCAUGAAGGAUGGUGCCGCUUCCGACUAUUUUACCUCGGCUGUAUUUGAUAAGAUGGACAAAAGACAGUCAGGCUGGGACGAUCGCUUCAUGCUGACAGAGCUUGCUCAGGAGGCUUUCUCUGGGUUGCUGGAUGUGCAUCGCGUGUCGGCAUCUUUUGACAAGUCAGCGGGCGCUCGUUCCGAAAUGACCGAAGGUCGGAUUCCUAUUCGCGAGAACCUACCUAGGCUCAAGCUUCGGUAUCGCAUGGCCUGGCCGGUUCAGCUGGUAAUCAAGGGCGACUGUCUCGAGAGGUACCAAGGCAUCUUUACAAUCUUAUUGCAGUUGCGGCGUUCGAUACAUGCACUGAACAUGAACCGGUUGCUACUGGAUGGAAGGACCGAGGAAUGCAUGCUUCGUGCAGAGUCCAAUGCAUACUACCGUCUGCGAACGAGACUGCUGUGGUUCUGCAACACUGUGAUGACAUACCUCACGACUCUGGUUUUCACGCCAAACAUCGAAGCGCUGAAGGAGACACUGAGUUCGGCAGAGGAUGUCGAUGGCAUGAUUCAUCGCCACGCGGCAUUCGUCGCCACGGUGAUCCAGGAGUCAUGUCUGGGACCGCGACUAGACCCCAUAAGGGAAUGCAUGCUAGACGUACUAGAUCUAGCUGUGGAACUGGAAGAUUCGCGCAACCUCGCCGCCAUCAUGGAAGCAACCGAGUCGCACGAGAUCAUGCGACUCUCAACCAUGUCAUCACCACACAGAGCACACACGCUGUCACCGGCUGACUUUCGGAAAUCGCAGCUCAGGGGGCUUUAUGUGAGCCCCAAGGAGAAGGAGGAGGAUCACGACGAAGUAGACGUAGAGAGGGGUGACCUCGAUGACCAAGAUGAUCAUCGAGCCUCGAACAUGGCCCCUCUUUCCGGAAGAGGCACGGGAAGAGCGCGUGAGACAGCCCCGCAGAGGCGCGAUACAUACCCGGCAACGCUCAGGCGAAUCUCGGCCGACUUUGAUAGGCACCUCAGGUUCAUUGCUGGCGGGCUCAGGGGCGUCGCUCGUGCGAGCAGUGAAUCAGCUGCUGGCAAGUGGGACAUACUUGCCGAGAUGCUAGAGGCCGGAAUCUCUUCUAUGUAGAAAGGGGCAUCGGGCUUGUCGGGCCACCAAGAUAUAUGCAUGUCUUGGGACGUAGAAUGUUGUCCAUUGCGGCCCUGUGCUUGUGGAGGAUGCAAUGAAUAGCAGUGUCACAUAGCGCUCGACCUGGCCGCGGCCAGAGUUGCUUAUUGAAGGCUCUUUUGCAGUCCCAGUGAAGUUGUGUUUUCUAUAUCCUAGCAAGUGUUUGUUUCAGGGGCUUUGUUGAACAAUGUCUAUAGGAUCAAUCUUGUACACAUACUCAAAUGUGUGAUUCAACACCACUUGGCCUCCAGCUGGUAUACAAAAGCUUUGAACUAUUGCAAUUGUGCGUUUGAUGGCUCUCAAAUUAAAGCAAAAUAAUUCAUAUGAG